GGGCAGGACAUGUGAGAUAGUCACAGUUUUCCAGAGAUCAGGACAAGAUCUAACCAGUCGCGCGUGGUCUCCGGCGCCGGAGCCGGCCAGCCCAGCCCAGCCCCGCGCAGAACCCCCUCCGCCCCCGCGCCCAGAGCCCCGAGCCCCUUGAGGUGCGCGGGACGGGGAGCCGGGAGAAGCAGCUGCAGCGCCUGUCGCCGGUGCCGUCAGUCCUCCGCUCGCGCCGCCGCCCGGGCCGGGGGUCCGAGCCGCGCGCCCCCGGCCCCGGCCCCGGCUCCCGGGUGCCUGGGCCGGAUGUCCCGAUGAGAGAGCCGGCGCUGGCAGCCAGCGCCAUGGCUUACCACCCAUUCCACGCGCCACGGCCCGCCGACUUCCCCAUGUCCGCCUUCCUGGCGGCAGCGCAGCCCUCCUUCUUCCCGGCGCUAGCGCUGCCGCCCGGCGCGCUGGCCAAGCCUCUGCCCGACCCGGGCCUGGCGGGGGCGGCGGCAGCGGCUGCAGCGGCCGCAGCGGCCGCCGAGGCGGGGCUGCACGUCUCGGCACUCGGCCCGCACCCGCCCGCCGCGCAUCUACGCUCACUCAAGAGCUUGGAACCCGAGGACGAGGUGGAGGACGACCCCAAGGUGACGCUGGAGGCCAAGGAGCUGUGGGACCAGUUCCACAAGCUGGGCACCGAGAUGGUCAUCACCAAGUCCGGGAGGCGGAUGUUCCCCCCCUUCAAGGUGCGAGUCAGCGGCCUGGACAAGAAGGCCAAGUACAUCCUGCUGAUGGACAUUGUGGCUGCUGAUGACUGCCGCUAUAAGUUUCACAACUCACGGUGGAUGGUGGCUGGCAAGGCCGACCCGGAGAUGCCCAAGCGCAUGUACAUUCAUCCGGACAGUCCGGCCACGGGGGAGCAGUGGAUGGCCAAGCCUGUGGCUUUCCACAAGCUGAAGCUCACCAACAACAUUUCCGACAAGCAUGGCUUUACCAUCCUGAACUCCAUGCACAAGUACCAGCCGCGCUUCCACAUCGUCCGAGCCAAUGACAUCUUGAAGCUCCCCUACAGCACCUUCCGCACCUACGUCUUCCCAGAGACUGACUUCAUCGCUGUCACUGCCUACCAGAAUGACAAGAUUACACAACUGAAGAUCGACAACAACCCGUUUGCCAAGGGCUUCCGGGACACCGGGAACGGCCGUCGAGAGAAAAGGAAGCAGCUAACGCUGCCGACUCUCCGCUUGUAUGAGGAACACUGCAAGCCGGAGCGUGAUGGCGCGGAGUCCGAUGCCUCGUCCUGCGACCCUCCGCCUGCGCGUGAACCACCGCCCUCCCCCAGCGCAGCGCCCAGUCCCCUGCGUCUGCACCGGACUCGAGUCGAAGAGAAGCCAUGCUCAGCCGACAGCGACGCUGAGCUGGAGCGACCAGGCGAGGAGCGCGCAGCAGCGCCCCUGGGCCGCAGCCCUACGCGGGACGCCAGCCCCGCUGCUCGCUUGACCGAACCCGAACGCGCCCGGGAGCGGCGCAGCCCCGAGAGAGGCAGCAAGGAAACAACGGAGGGCAGUGGGGACGGCCCGUUUGGCCUGCGGAGCCUGGAGAAGGAACGCGCCGAGGCCCGGAGAAAGGACGAGGGGCGAAAGGACGCGGGCGAGGGCAAGGAGCCUAGCCUGGCGCCGUUGGUGGUGCAGACAGACAGUGCGUCCCCACUGGGUGCGGGCCACCUGCCCGGCCUGGCUUUCUCCAGCCACCUGCACGGGCAGCAGUUCUUUGGGCCGCUGGGAGCUGGCCAGCCUCUUUUCCUGCACCCAGGACAAUUCGCUAUGGGCCCCGGAGCCUUCUCCGCCAUGGGCAUGGGUCAUCUGCUAGCCUCGGUGGCAGGAGGCGGUGGCAAUAGCGGAGGCGCGGGACCCGGAACCGCGGCAGGGCUGGACGCAGGCGGGCUGGGUCCCGCAGCCAGCGCAGCAAGCACCGCGGCGCCCUUCCCGUUCCACCUCUCCCAGCACAUGCUGGCAUCUCAGGGAAUCCCAAUGCCCACUUUCGGAGGCCUCUUCCCCUACCCCUACACUUACAUGGCAGCAGCGGCCGCCGCCGCCUCGGCUUUACCCGCCACCAGCGCUGCAGCUGCUGCCGCGGCCGCCGCUGGUUCCCUAUCACGCAGCCCAUUCCUGGGCAGUGCCCGGCCUCGCCUGCGCUUCAGCCCUUACCAGAUCCCGGUCACCAUUCCACCUAGCACUAGUCUCCUUACCACCGGGCUGGCUGCGGAGGGCUCCAAGGCUGCAGGCGGAAGUAGCCGUGAGCCUAGCCCACUGCCCGAGCUGGCUCUCCGAAAAGUGGGGGGCCCAUCCCGUGGGGCCCUAUCGCCCAGCGGCUCAGCCAAAGAGGCGGCCAGUGAACUGCAGAGCAUCCAGAGACUGGUGAGUGGGUUGGAGAGCCAGCGAGCCCUCUCCCCGGGCCGGGAGUCGCCCAAGUGAGGGGGUUCCUUGGCUACUGCGCUCCCACACGGGCCUCCCAGGCCGGGCUGCCUGCCUCGGCUGCCUGGGACGUGUACGGCACAG